GAAAAAAUAAAACCCCUUUAACUCAACACAAAGGAAGCCGUGAGACUGAAUCUGAGAUCACUGUUGAUCUCUAGCACCAACGUCUCCAUAGGAACAGGCUGUAAACUCAACGCGCAGAGCAAAACAAGCACAGGGGAACAAUGAAGACUAAUAACGCUUAAAAAUAUAUGAACGCUCACAUAUGACUGCAUCAUUUCUGUGCUCCAUAUAUUGAUAUUCUUCUGCAUGGACAGCUGCUGAGCGACUGGGUUGAGAGCAGAAUUACAUGCACACCUUUGAAAUUAUGGCGAGAGGACUGUGAAUAGACCAAAGCCACUCCUUCUCCGUCAGCAUCUGAGUUCAUGCAACUCCAAGGACUACAGCAUGAAGACGGAGGGAAGAAAUAUUGUGGAUCUGCUAUUGAAGGGGGAGUUGGAAGCAGUGACACGAGGACUGGAGAAUGGACUUUACUCCUGGGAAGAGCUGGACCAGCCUCACAAUGCCCAGGGCUCCACUCCUCUUAUCAGUGCCUGUCAGAUGGGCCUUGACAUGGUCAUGCAUUUCCUUUUGGAAAGAGGAGCAGAUGCAACACUGUGCAACUACAGCAAUCAGACAGCGCUACAUGUCAGUCAGCCCGACCUACAGAAGGAGCUGUUGGCUGCCAUGUUGAGACCUUUAGUCUACCGUGCUCAGUUCUUAGAGGUUGCCUGGAGAGGGGAUAUUCACGCCCUACAGCACCUGCUGUUUGAGAAAGAUUCGGUGGACGUGAACAUCCAGAACCAGAAUGGGCUGACCCCACUGAUGCUGGCAGUGAGGGAUGUGGAUCUGUUUGAGGGGUUUAAGAGCAUCAUGGGAUGGGACUAUGAUCCUACCAAAGUAGUGAAGACGCUGCUGGCUCAGUCUGCAAACAUGGACAUCCAAGACCAAAAGAGCUGCACCGUUCUUACCUAUGUCUCUCAGAUCAAGAGCUCAGUGAAAGAUCAGCUGCUCCAGAUCAUUUUGGAGCAUCAAACUCAGUCAGUGCCUACACAUCUGGGGCCAGAGUUUCAUUUUCCUGCAGAACAUUCCUACAGCCUCUCUUCUCCACACAUGUUCUCGACUUUGGCCAACGAGAGAGAUGUAAAGGAACCAUAUGCAUAUAUUGCUGUCCAAGAAAACCACGAAAACUUCCAUCAAGAUAAGAUCAUUGCCUUGUGCUUGCAAAGUGCCAUGGAGCCCAAGAUGAACAGCAAGGAAACUGGGUGGACAACAUUACCGAGCCUGAGGGACAGGAAUAAAUGUUGGACCAAAUUUGGCAUCCUGUAUCCCACCUGUGAUGUUCUAAUGAAAACAUCCUUAGUACCUAUACCUCCAAGGCUCACAGAGAAAACCAAAGCCAUUCUCGAGACUCCUCUAGUACCACAUUUCUCUCAGCUUAGCCAGUCUGCGCCAAGCCUGGCCCUCCUUGAUGCAAGCUUUCUACUACAAGUACGGACCAAUAUACACAACAGGCUAAGUACCAGUGAUGAACAUGAAAAAAAGGAUCCACUCCCUAUUUCAUGCUCACGCACUCCAAAACAUUUGGCUCCACUUGACCAACAGUACCGGGACAGGCACGUGCUUUCAAACUGCCAGUGUCCGCUGUUACCAAGGCCGACCAGCCUCUUAUCUAUUGGCUCCAAAGUAAAGAGAGAGAGGUUCUCCAGACUGAGCUCCAGAGGAUCAAGAGGCACAGGAAGGGGCAGUGAGGAGAGCAGCUAUAGCAGUCAAAGUUCUCUGGAUGAAGAGGAAGAAAACAACCCUCAGGACACAGCGCAGAUGUUUGGGACCAUACAGAGAGAACCACAUAUCGACUUAAUGCCCCCUUCAUCUGCUCAACAACCUAUACAUUCUGGGAUUACAGAACACAUUAAUUCAAAUAAACCCGUGGCUACGAAAUCUAAACUCACGAGGAGUCAAAAGCUUGAGGCACAGAUGACGAGGAACUCUGUGAAAGAAUCUUCCAAAAUAGUGAAACCUUUUGAGAGGAUUUUAGACACACAACAAAAAACUGAAGCUCUGGAUGUGUGUGAGGAGAAUAGGACAAUACACACAGCGGACAUUCCGAAAAUGAACAAAAUUGUGGAAUUAAUAAGGUCUCUCUCAAAUGAACAUGAUGAACCUAAAGACACGGUUACAGACACCAGACCUGCACCUGGAGAUGGACACAACAGCUCUUUUGAGCAACACCAUGUCUCUCCUGUAAAUAUCGCGAUACAUCCCACUCCAGUUGAAACCAGCAAAGCCAGUAGGACGUCUAGAGCUGAGGAAAUACAAUGCAGAUCUUCUCAUACUAGCCAAACAAUUAACAUCUUGGACCAAAUAAAUGCAAGACAGGACUACGAUAAGCCCAAAAGGAAUAGAAGGGAUCAAUCAUCACAAGUUAUAAUUAACGAAAUGGGACUCAUAGGUAACGUUAUUAGUGAGGAUACCAGCAAAAAAUUGGACUGGCCAAAGACAUCACCUAUAAAACUUGGUCCCAAUCUCAAGGAUGCGCCCUUGAACAGGAGGACUCUAGAGUCUCCGCAUCAAGUAGGAAGGCUGAGUGGGACAAAAAAGAUAUCAAAUAAACCCCAAAGUCAAAAGCAACUUCUCAAUCGGGACACAAAGAAGACAACAAGGCAAGCUAAAAGGUCGGGAAUUUUAGGGACACAAAGAACAAAAUCAUCUCCGGACUACGUCAGUUAUAGGGACAUGUUUCUGGAAAUCCGUCAGGCAGAUGAAGGACCAGCUAUUUUUGAAAUGUUUGCCACCCCAAUAUACGAAAACCUUAGAGCAGGCACUUCUGUAGACAGGCCCAAGCAGGUUCAGUCUGCCGCUCAAUUUAAGAGACAACUAAGUAGACAACAGAAAGCUCAAAAACCUGUGGAAGGUAACAGGAGGAAACAGAAAUGCACGACUUCUAAAGGUAAACAACGCAAGAAGAAGGAAAUCCAACCACCUGAGCGACAAAGCCACGAUCAAGCUAUUGAUUCAAAACAGAAUAAUGCCAGUGUAAUUCCUGGCACUGAGGGAAACAAACAGGUAAGGAAGCAUGAACUUCUCACCACUGAGGAAGAUGAGAGGCAUGACUCAGACGUAAGAUUACAGACUGAAUGUAGUCCUGUGCUGUCAAUGAUCAGAGAAGUUCCUUCAGAUACAGAUAUAAGGAUAGCCUUCCCUAAUCAGCAAGUUUUAUCCAGCUCAUUUCAGUCACACAGAACACCCUAUCUUAGCAUGCAAUUCUUACAACUAAAAACAGGAGAUCGUAACAAUAAUAAAAGGGAUGCAAUCUCAAAUGAAAUUGAGAACUCUGUUGCAGUUCAGCUCCCAGCACAACCCUUGAUCAAUACGUGGACAACUGACAGCACAAAGUCACCUGUAUACCAGAGGUUUUUAGAUGAAGCGGGCGAGGGGCCUGUUACGGAUGAUUUGCUGAAACGUUUGGCAGAAGAAUUAAUUUCGCUGGAAGAAAGAGAGGUGGAGACUCUAAAGCCUGACAACCCAGAAAUGACAAAUGAUGCUCCAUCAAAAUUCAAGGAAAUUUUUAGUGAGGUUACUCCUUUGGACAAUCUGCUUUGUAUGGAGAGGUCCGGUGUAGACGACACAAUCACAUGGACCAAAGGAGAAAUUCUAGGCAGAGGGGCCUAUGGAACUGUGUACUGCGGACUCACGAGUCAAGGCCAGUUGAUUGCGGUCAAGCAGGUGACGCUGGAUGUCUCUAAUUCAAAGACAGCAGAGAAAGAGUAUGAUCGGCUGGAGAGAGAGGUAGACCUUCUGAAAAACAUUCAUCACCAAAACAUAGUGGGGUUCCUGGGCACAGCUCUUUCCGGCAACAUAGUCAGCAUUUUCAUGGAAUACAUCCCAGGAGGCUCAAUCUCCAACAUCCUCAAUCGCUUUGGUCCCUUACCUGAGAAGGUGUUUGCCCUCUACACCCACCAGAUCUUAGAAGGUGUGGUUUACCUUCAUGACAACAGAGUAAUCCACAGGGACUUGAAAGGGAACAACAUUAUGCUUAUGCCCAGUGGCAUCAUCAAACUGAUUGAUUUUGGCUGUGCACGUCGCCUUAAUUGCUUGACGCACAGCGGAAGCCGUAGUGAUUUCUUAAAGUCUGUGCACGGUACGCCCUACUGGAUGGCUCCUGAAGUGAUCAAUGAGACUGGCCAUGGUAAGAAAUCAGAUAUCUGGAGCAUUGGGUGUACAGUCUUUGAGAUGGCCACAGGAAAGCCACCACUGGCACAUAUGGGCAAGAUGGCAGCUCUCUUCUAUAUUGGGGCCCAAAAGGGUUUAAUGCCAUCACUACCUGAUGACUUCUCUGAAGAAGCUAAAGAGUUUGUGCAAGCAUGCUUGAUCAAUGACAAGAAACAGAGACCAUCCGCAGCAGAUUUAUUAAGGCAUCCUUUUGUCCAUCAUCUCCGCCAGUCUACGAGUAGCAAGCCUUCAAAUGUUCACCAUUAAGUUCAUCAGAAAAAGUCUUCGUAAGAGGAAAAUCUCUAAUGUGUGCCAACGUGGUUUGACUAGAUUCAAGUUUACCAUGUGAAUCUAUGUUAAUGCUGGUGGUCAUGUAGGACAGUUUCUCAUCUUCUGCUUUUAGACUAAAUUAAUGUAAACAGUCGAUUGUUACACACAUGAUCUUCUAGAAAGUGUCUGCAUGCUAAAAUCUUACAAUGAAUCUUACGGGCUUGCCUGAACUAUAGAAUACAAUAUUGCUUUUUCACAAAAUGACCAAAAUAAAGUUGCGAUUACUAACCCGCAGAGCAUUCACAGAAUUCAUAACCGAGUAUCCAUCACAACUUCUCUCAAAUCCCACAUGACCGAGUAAAGCCAUGCAAGAAACUCAUUGAAAUCAAAGACAGAGGCUGAGGUUAAUGUAGUGGAAACCAUGUGAUUUAUUGUUGCGAGUCUAAAUGAAAUGAGGAUGGGAACAAAAUAAUCUAAAUGUGAAGAUUUGCACUUGCCUUGCUCAAUCAUCUGUAUUUCAGUGACAAAGUAAAAUACUUCACAAAUUGCUUGCUGCACACAGAAAAAAAAUCUGAAUGCACAUACCGAAAAGAAAAAAAAAAAAAGAUCUAUGGAAGAAACAGAUCACUGAAAGACUGAACACUGAUCAAACAGGUCUGGUCAGCUCUUAUCCAACGUUAAUUAUUCAAACAUAUUUGUUAUUGAUUUACAGCUUUGUACAAGUAGGCUACAGAGUCAAGCCAAGAAAGGUUUUUAAUGCACUUCACAGCAAAGGUUAUGUAAACUUCAUAGUACUAUACUUGUCCUUAUUUGAUAUUUAUUUCUCUUUUUUUCUGAGGCACAGCCUUUGGCAUCCAGCUUAAGUUCAUCUUGGAGG